UUUGACUGCCCAGCACUCCCCGCAGUCCCAGGCUCUCCUCUCCUCUCUUGGAUCAAUAACCUCUUCGGCUAGGAGUCAAGAAGCGUAUAUCAGCAAUGACAAUGUUGUCCACUGGUGUGUUGCGAGUGGCCAGCCGAAGCUGCGCGAGCAGCGGACGCUUUACAAUGAAAGCGGGAACUGCUCCUUUUAGCCCAUUCUCUACGAGUGAGUUCUGCAAUAGAGUUUCCGGUCGAUUGACGGAAGGGAGAAGGUAUAUUUCAGUUUACGGAUAUACCCAGGCCAAGGCGCUGGUGUAUUCGAAAUAUGGCGAGCCUAAAGAUGUCUUACACCUCCAUAAACACUCCAUCCCCCCUCCCCAUGGUACCAAGGUCAAUCUCCGUCUCCUCGCUGCGCCUCUGAAUCCGGCAGACAUCAACCAGAUCCAAGGCGUAUACCCGAGCAAACCACCCUUUGAGACUACUCUUGGUACAGGCGCACCAUCCGCCGUUGCGGGGAAUGAGGGUGCAUUCGAGGUAGUUUCUGUUGGUUCAGGAGUUAAGGACCUUGCGAAGGGCGAUUGGGUUAUCAUGAAGCGAACAGGACAGGGGACCUGGAGGACGCAUGCCCAGCUGGAUGAGUCUCAGCUAAUAAAGAUCGAGGACAAGACUGGUUUGACUCCGCUGCAGAUUAGUACUGUCAGUGUCAACCCUGUUACCGCAUACCGAAUGAUUAAGGAUUUCUGCGACUGGGACUGGCUGCGCUCUGGGGAGGAGUGGCUAAUUCAGAACGGAGCCAACAGCGGCGUGGGGAGAGCUGCCAUCCAGCUUGCGCACCAAUGGGGCCUUAAGACACUCAAUGUCAUCAGGGAAAGGAAGACCCCAGAAGAGACAAACGCAUUGAAGGAAGAUCUCUACCGUUUAGGUGCGACUGCAGUGAUUACCGAGAGCGAACUGCUCUCGCGCGAAUUCAGGGAUAUGCUUAAAGAAUUCACCCGUCAAGGCAAGGAGCCCAUCCGUUUGGCCCUUAACUGUGUGGGUGGCAAAAACGCGACUGCGCUGGCGAAGAUUCUUGCCCCAAAUUCCCAUAUGGUCACUUAUGGUGCAAUGUCAAGGCAACCUGUUGAGUUGCCUUCGGGUUUAUUGAUCUUCAAGAAUCUCGUAUUUGAUGGUUUCUGGGUCAGCCGAUGGGGUGACAAGAACCCUGAUGCGAAAAAGAACACAAUCAAAGAUGUUCUUGACAUGACUCGUUCAGGAAAAUUCCAAGAUAUCCCGGUGGAGGAGAUUAAAUGGACAGCAGACACGGAGGGUGCCGAGCUCGCAGCAGCUGCGCAGGAAACUCUGAGUGGUUUCCGGUCUGGGAAAGGCAUAUUUAAGUGGGAAAGUGAGGACUAAAAGUUAACUAUUUAUUGUAACUCAUCAACAGACGAUAGACUGUUUAUCAUGUA